AUGGCUCCCCUCUCCCAGGUCGGGCUCACGGCCCUGUCCGCGUUGGCCAUGGGCCUCUCAUCAUAUGCCGACGCGCAAGUGACAAACUCGUCAUUUUCCAACGACGCCACAUCGCUCACCUUCAUCUACCAGAACAACCUGAACGCGUCGGACGACGCGAACCACGUAGGAGCCAUCCUGCUAGACCCCCUGACGCAGAGCGCGGGAAGCGCCCAAUGUGCAGCCCUCGGAGAGUCCCUGCUGCCCUUCUCGGCCGUCGAGGCGCACAGCGAGGACUUUGAAUAUUCCUUGUCCUACCUCGCCUUCGCCGGCCUGGUACAGCACGGGCAGCAGUAUUACGUCCAGGACGCCGUGCUGUCCGUCAACACCUCGCCCGAGGGCACGCUGGGCUUCUCGACGUCCGGGUCGGAGAACGGGACCGGGCGGCUGCCGGUCCUCUGCACGCAGUCCAGCUCCCAGAACGGCGCCGGCAACGCCCAGGCGUCCGCCUCGAACAGGCUGACCAUCUCCUCGGCGGGCAAUACCUACGUGGGCUUCCGGAACCAGAAGUCGUUCCGCUUUGUCGGGAUACCGUACGCCGACCCGGUCGAGCGGUUCGAGUACUCGACGGUGUACAGCGCCACGGGGCGCACGAUCAAUGCCACCUCGUAUGGGGCCGACUGCGCCCAGGCAUAUGACUCGGCUUCUGCUGAGGACUGUCUCUUUCUGAAUAUCCAGACGCCUUAUAUUCCCAAGGCUGGAUCCUGCGAGAAUCUCAGGCCGGUUAUGUUCAGCAUCCAUGGUGGUGGCUUCACGGGGGGUAACGGGGGUGCGAAUUCCGGGCUGGAUGGUGGGAACAUGGCCUCCAGGGAAAACAUUGUUUCAGUCGAGCUCAACUACCGCCUCUCUACCCUGGGAUUCCUCGCCAUACCGGGUACGGACAUCAAGGGCAACUUCGGGAUCGGCGAUCAGAUCACGGCGCUGAAGUGGGUCAAGAAAAAUAUCAAGUCGUUUGGUGGCGAUCCCAACAAGAUCACAAUCAUCGGAGAGUCAGCUGGUGCCGGGUCUGUCAGAACACUGCUCGGUUCGCCGCCUGUCAUCGAGAACAACCUCAUCUCCGGGGCUGUCUCGCAGUCGAACUUGGGCGGCGGUGUAGCGCUCGGCCUGAACGGCGACUACGCCACGACCUACAGCUCGUACCUGACCAUCGAGCAGUCCUUUGCCCGGGCCGGGCAGCAGAUCUUCAGCGGCGCCGGCUGCAACCAGACGAGCCUGGACGAGCAGAUCGCAUGCCUCAAGGCCGCCCCUGCGUCUACGCUGGUCAACCUGGCAACAGUCGCGCGGUACGUCGUCCAGGACGGCACGAUCGUCAACACUGAGCAGCUCAUCGUGACGGCCAAGAACGGCAGCCAGGCCUACGUCCCAGUGAUCUUCGGCACAACAAACAACGACGGCGCCUCGUUCUGCGGGUUCCCACCCGCCAACAUCACAACCGAGGCGCAGGGGAUCGCCGCCUCGCUGAGCAUCUCCCUCCCGCAGGCGCAGCGCGUCGUCGACAGCGGGCUGUUCCCCUUCUUCGACACGGGCAACCUCACCCUGGACGCCUUCAACGUCUCGCAGCGCGUGUCGACGGACCUGCAGUUCCGCUGCGUGGACGAGGCGACCGUCUACGCCGCCGCCGCGACGGGCGCGUUCCCGGCGGCGUACUACUACAACAUCGACCGCACGUACGCGGGUUACGACCCGCUGGGCCUGGGCCCGCUGCUCAACGGCGGCGCCGGCAGCGACCCCGAGGGCAACUACUUCCGCCUGCACGGCAGCGACCUCGGCUUCACGUACGGCAACCAGAACCCGCUGCGCGACGCCCGCGACCUGAAGGCUAGCCAGCUCAUCAGCGGGUACUACGCCGCCUUUGCGCGGACGGGGUCGCCGAACCCGGGCGAGGAUUACCUUGCGGCGCGGGGCUACGAUGACACGCUCGCUGCGGUCCGGGGGACUGGCCCCUGGGAUCCCGUCAGCGGCGACGAGGGGCCGGCUAAGCAGCUGGACUAUCCGGCCGAGACGAUCUCGUUUCUUGAUGUACCGCAGUGUGCGUUUUUGAAUUAUAGUCUGAGCUAUUACCUUGAUGGCGGCGCUUGA